AGGAUUUGCCCUUUCUCCAGGGUGGAUAUAAAUAAUGAUAAAAAGAUUGGAGCCAAGGAGAUGCAGCGCUGGAUCAUGGAAAAGACGGAUGAACAUUUCCAGGAGGCCGUGGAAGAGAACAAAAUGCACUUCAGGGCUGUGGACCCCGAUGGGGACGGCCACGUGUCCUGGGAUGAAUAUAAAGUUAAAUUCCUGGCAAGUAAAGGCUUUAAUGAAAAAGAAAUUGCUGAGAAGAUCAAAAACAAUGAAGAGCUGAAAAUAGAUGAAGAAACCCAGGAAGUUUUAGACAACCUGAAGGAUCGGUGGUACCAGGCUGACAACCCCCCUCCUGACCUGCUGUUGAAUGAGGAGGAAUUCCUGUCCUUCCUGCAUCCAGAGCACAGCAGGGGGAUGCUGAAGUUCAUGGUGAAAGAAAUCAUCCGGGAUCUGGAUCAGGAUGGAGAUAAGAAGCUCACCCUCUCCGAGUUCAUUUCCUUACCUGUUGGCACCGUGGAGAACCAGCAGGCUCAGGACAUUGAUGAUGACUGGGUGAAAGACAGGAGGAAGGAGUUUGAGGAGGUCAUUGAUGCCAAUCAUGAUGGGAUUGUCACCAUGGAGGAGCUGGAGGAAUACAUGGAUCCCAUGAACGAGUACAACGCCCUCAACGAGGCCAAGCAGAUGAUUGCAGUGGCAGAUGAGAAUCAAAACCACCACCUGGAGCUGGAGGAGAUCCUGAAAUACAGCGAAUAUUUCACCGGCAGCAAACUCAUGGACUACGCCCGGAACGUCCACGAGGAAUUCUGACCCUGCUCGCUCUUCCCAGAGCUCUGAAGCACUUUCUGGCUUUCAAAAAAAGGGGGAAAAAGGAAUAAAUCCAAGCCCCAAAAACAGACAGAAAGUUCCUUUGCUGCUAAUCUGUGUUCUUUGCCUCCGGUGUGUUGUCCCAGACUUCCGACCUUCCGUCCGUCCACGGGAUCUCGCUGCCUUUGGGGUGAGGGGAAACCAGGCCAGGAAGAGUGGGAAAGGUCCUGGAAUACCUCAGUUCCCCCUGGAUUGGGCAGGAAUUCCAGCUGAAGUUCGGCAAAUCGUAUUUGGGGGAGGCUUCUGAAAUAUUUCACUUGUUGCCCUCGUAGCUGCUGAUCCCUGGGAAUCCCAGAGAACAGGGAGAUGUUGGGUUUUUGGGAAGGGAGUGGCGGUUCCAAGGCAUGUUCUGACCUCCUGGGAAUACCCACGUGAUAUUCCACUCAUCUCCCAGUGGUUUUCUCAGCCUAGUUGGGAAUUUAAUCCAAAUUUUCCCUCCACCACUCGAUUAUCCUUCAGGACUGUGGGGAGGAAUUUGUUUUAAAGGUUCCAGAGAAGCUUUUUUGCAUCUACCUAAAAAUAAACCUGGUUGUAGCAUGACAGGCUUUGUUUUGGCAACUGCCCUGGGGGGAGAUGGGGGAGAAUUCAAAUUAUGGCUUUAAAAAAAAAAAUCAGAUUUUUGCUCUAAAACGAAACCAAGGGGGGAAAGUUUCUGUGUCUUGGCCAGAGAACUCCCUGUUCAGACUGGUAAAAUCAGUUGUCUCUGUGCAAAUUGGAGCUGAAUUGGAGGAAAUUGCUGAAAGGGGGAGAAUUCCAGGCUUUGCUUGGGAGCUGUGAACAUUUGGGAAGCCCUUGGAUCAACCUGGAUCUGGGUAAUCUCUGGGAGCAUCUUGGCUCACAUCCACUCCUGCAAAAAUAGAACAGUUAUUUUUACUCUGGUUCCAUCUUUACUGUAAAAAAAAAAAAAAACCCUCUUUCUGAAGGGUUCCUGCAAGUGAGAUGUUAUAUUUGAUUAAAUUUAUUCUCUUAAUAUAAUGUAAAUAUAAGUGUUGCCAGUUCUGUUUCACUCUUCCUUCUCUUUAAAUUUUUUUUGUUUUAUUAAAUGGCUUGUAUAAGAGUCUUUUUAUAUCCA